CCUCUCCUCUGCCGCAAUGCCCAAACCUCCAUUAUUAAGCUCAUCAGAGAGCUGUCAAGAGAGCGAGCGAGUGAUAGAUAGAUAGAGAGAGAGAGAGAGAGAGAGAGAGAGAUGGGUUUCGCCACGGUGAUUCCGGGUCUUCUGUUCCUCAUCUGUGCGACGCUGGGCCCCGCAUUGACGGCGGCGCUUGGGUUCAGCUGCAACUCCACUGCCAGUUGCCACGGUCUCGUCGGCUACAAGGCCCCGAACGAGACAACCCUCGCCGCCGUCCAGUCCCUCUUCGGCGUGCCCCACCUCCGCUCCAUCCUCGGCGCCAAUGACCUCCUGGAAUCCACCCCGGCCAACGCCACGGUGAGGCAGGGCCAGAUCAUCCGCAUCCCCUUCGACUGCUCCUGCUCAAAUGGCACCGGCACCUCCCGGAAGAUCCCCGUCUACACCGUCCGCAGCAACGACAUCCUCUCCGAUAUUGCCACCAAUGUCUUCUCCAGUCUCGUCACCUUCCUGGACAUCGCGGCGGCCAGCAACAUCACCAACCCCAACAUCAUUAAUGUAGGGCAGCAUCUGAAGAUCCCUCUCCCGUGCAGCUGCGAUCCCGUGGACGGUGAGAAGGUCGUCCACUACGCCCACCUGGUGGCUUCUGGCAGCUCGGUGGAAGAGAUAUCGCGGCAGUUCAAUGUCUCUGCAGACGCGUUGUUGCGUCUCAACAAGCUCGCCAGUGAUAGCGAUCUCGAGGCCGAUGUAGCUAUUGAUGUUCCACUAAAAGCUUGCUCAUCAAUGAUUAGCAACGACUCGCUUGACUCCUCACUUCUCGUUUCCAAUGGCACUUACGUAUUCACUGCGAACAACUGCGUCAAGUGCAGCUGUAGCUUCGCGAAUAACAUGACGUUACAAUGCCAGCCCUCUCAGAUCUCGCCAUCGAAUGGGUCUGUCUGCCCUUCUAUGCUAUGCCAGGGGACGGAUUUGUACAUCGGGAACUCCACAAUUAGUUCGUGCAACCGAACCACGUGCAACUAUGCUGGUUACAAAGGGCAGGCCAUCCUCACGUCCCUCGCCAACGAGUCUACUUGCCCCGCUGGGGGUGCCGGGAAGAUCAAUCCGGGAGCAUUCAGCUGGAACUUCCUGGUCACUCUUCUUCUGAUGGUCCUCUUCCUGCUUCGCGUUCAAUGAGUUGUUCGGAGUUUCCACGUGAUCCGGUGACUGCUAUUCAAAAUUUUCAAACAUGUGUAGGUUGUGAAUUGCGAUUCAUAUCGAUGUUGUAACAAUAAUACAAUUUGUCCGGACCAUCCAUCACGCGAGUAAGAUGAGUCGAAUAUCUUUCUUUA